CUGGCAGAAAAGAAAGUAGUCAUAAAAACUGGGAAUACAUUGACCAAAUGAGCUGACAAUGAUCGGAUUGAAAGCGUCGACUCUUUGAGGCAGGCAUUGAAAUCAAACCGAAAACCCACGAAACCCGCCGGCAACUGAAUCCACUGAAUCCACUGAGUACUGGCAACCAAAGAGAGGCCCUGAAAUACCUUGUGCCCAGCUAGCAGCUGCAAUAAUGCACAUUUCUGCUGAGGUCAGUUCGACCACCUCAAAUCAAAUACAGCAGCAGCAGCAGCACCAGCAGCAACACCAGCAGCAGCAGCAGCAACAGCAACAGCAGCAACAGUUGUUGCAGCCGCAGCAACAACAGACAGCAACAACGACCACAACGAAGCGGCGGAAUGCUGAGUCCUCUGCCAGCAACAACAAUAACAACACUAGCACAACCAACAACAACAAUAACAACAACAACAGCACCACAAACAACAACAACAACAAUAAUAAUAAUGUUAAAACAAAGCCCGUGGACACGAGUCCCUACUUGACCCCCGAGAAUCUCAUCGAGCGCACCGUCGACGUCCUGCUAGCCGAACAUCCUGGCGAGCUGGUCAAGACGGGGUCUCCACAUGUGGUCUGCACCACUUUGCCCACGCACUGGCGAUCGAACAAGACUCUACCGAUCGCCUUCAAGGUUUUGGCGCUGGGCGAGGUCAUGGACGGCACUAUAGUGACCAUUAGAGCCGGAAACGAUGAGAACUUCUGCGGCGAACUGAGAAACUGUACGGCGGUGAUGAAAAAUCAGGUGGCCAAGUUCAAUGAUCUGCGCUUCGUGGGCAGGAGCGGAAGGGGCAAGAGCUUCACACUGACGAUUGUCAUCUCGACGAACCCCAUCCAGAUAGCCACCUACACCAAGGCCAUCAAGGUGACCGUGGAUGGGCCAAGGGAACCCAGAUCGAAGGUGCGACACCAGGGAUUCCAUCCGUUCGCCUUUGGGCCACAACGUUUCGGACCGGAUCCACUUAUGGCCGGAUUGCCCUUCAAGUUGCCAGGAUUCGCACACCAUCUGGUGGGGAUGCACAGCCACCUGCAUGCGCCCGAUUGGCGCGCCCACAUGGCCUUGGGCGGUCGCCCCGCCGCCUUUACCGCCGCCCCCUUUUUCGGUCACCAUGCGGCCGCUUUUCCCACCGCCAGUGGCCUGCGUGGAUUGAGUGGCGACAACCAGCAGCACCAGCACCAGCAGCAGCAGCUGGCCACCGUGGGGGCGGCACACAGCACCACCAGUCCGGAGGGAUCGCCGACCACCACCACCACGAGCGGUACUCAGUUGAGCGCCUUCGUUCAGCCGCCGAUGACGUCAUCGCCGCCGCCGGUCACCAGUUUGCAGCACGACAAUAACAACAAUAACAGCAACAACAACAACAGCAGCAGCCACAUCGACGCGGGCUUCGAAAGCGACAGCAUUUCGGUGACAGGAUCGCCGCGGAAGAGCCUCGGCUCCCCCCUGACCCACGACGAGGAGGAGGCGGAAGCAGAAGCGGAAGCGGAUGCGGAUGCGGAAGCGGAGGCUGAGGAGGCGGAAGUGGGCGGAUUGAGUCUGAAUGGCGGCGGCAUUCAGGGCACGCUGCACAGCGAAAGUUCGCCCGGCUCGGGCGGCGCCUUCACCGCCCUCAUUCAACGCAGUGGCAAGAAUCCCACAGAAUUAUUUGGCGGCUUUGCCGGUGGUGCAGGUGGUAAUCACUUUGCCCACAGUGGUCACAGUUUUAAUCCCGCUCUGGCCGCCCAACUUUUCCUGCAAAGUCCGCUUUUGCCGCAAUCCAGUCAGUGGCUGUAUACGCAGCUAUAUGGCAGCUACAGUGAUCUCCCCUGGCUGAGGAACGCGGCGGCUGCGGCGGCCGCCAAUAUAAAUCCCGGUCAGGAGAACGCCGGAGUGCCGCCACUGGGCAGCAAUCCGGAUCACGAUGGCGUUAACCUGAUCAAGCGCUGUGUCACACUGAUAACCCACAAUCCGCCGGACGCGGAAAACGCCAAUCCAAACGCCUCGCCGCCGGUCAGCUCCACCAGGCGAUCGCCCUCCCCCGUGGAAACCAUCGACUUGGACGACGUGAGCACCACAUCGCGCUCGGCCAGCGGCUCCAGUGGCCUGGGCCUGGGCGGCGGAGUGGGCGGUGUGGGCGGAGUGGGCGGUGCAGUGGGACCCAUCAGGACGCGCACACCCAAACCGUCGGCGGAUGUCUGGCGCCCCUACUAGCGGCUGGCGGCCGCCUUGCUCGGCACAUGUCUGGCGGCCCAAGGUCAAGGGGGCGGCGUCGAAGGUCCCGAUGAGCAGGAGGCGGAGCGGGUCACCUAGCUGCUCCACAGCGAGAGGAAAACGGGAAAAUGGGAAAACGGAAGGAAAAGGGCGCAGCAGCGAGCUUGUGGUGUUGUGAAUAGUCG